AACUUGGCUUCGUGGAUUACUACUUCUUAUUUAAUCACUUCAACUGCAUUUCAGCCUUUGUAUGGCUCCUUUUCGGAUGUUAUUGGUAGAAGGAAAUGCUGCUUCUUUGCUCUGGCGUCAUUCGCACUUGGUUGUCUAGGUUGCUCUAUGGCAACUGAUAUCAUCACUUUCAAUUUGAUGAGAGCCUUAACAGGUAUCGGAGGUGGAGGGUUAAUCACAUUAUCUACAAUCGUCAACUCUGAUGUCAUCACUAAGAGGAAGAGAGGAUUAUUUCAAGCCGUGCAGAAUUUGUUGCUAGGAUUUGGUGCAGUGUGUGGUGCAUCUUUUGGUGGUUCCAUUGCUUCAUAUUUUGGUUGGAGAUGGUGUUUCAUCUUUCAAGUGUUUCCUUCCAUUUGGAGUCUUAUAAUUGGAUACAAGUAUAUCACAAAUCAACCUGGAUUUGAUGAAUCCCAGCAGCAUUUAUCCAGCUCUGUGUUAGAAAGAAUAGACUACAAGGGUUCAAUUAUCCUAGUGAGUGCACUUACAUGUCAACUAUUUGUUCUCACAUUAGGAGGAAAUGAAUUACUGUGGCUGGACUCGAGAUUAAUAACACUUGCAAUUUUAGGAGCAACAUUAUUAUUCUACUUCAUCUAUAUCGAACUUCAUACCAAAGCUAAUCCAAUCAUUCCCGUAAGGAGAUUCAAUAGCUUAUUCACAGUCUUGCUACUUGCCCAGAACUUCUUAUUGGGAUUAUGUGCUUAUGCUUAUCUUUUUGCAUUGCCAUUAUUAUUUCAGAUCGUCUUGGGCGACACUCCGUCAAAAGCAGGGUUGAGGUUGGCAGUUCCUUCUUUAUCUACUCCUAUUGGUAGUGUGAUAACUGGAGUAAUGAUGAAUAAAUAUGGAGUGUUAAAAGGAUUGUUGUACGUUGGAACUAUGACAAUGGCAAUUGGAAACUUUUUGACCUUGUUAGUCAGUCCCAGUACUCCUAGUUGGCUCUUGAAUAUUUUGCUAAUGCCAGCAAAUAUCGGUCAAGGAAUGGCAUACCCGAGCUCGCUAUUUACAUUCAUAUUUGCUUACGGAACAACUCACCAGGCAACUUCUACUUCGACAAUAUAUUUACUGAGAAGCAUAGGGGGAGUAUUUGGUGUAUCCAGUGUUUCAGCGAUUAUCCAAGCAUAUUUGAAAUUCAAAGUGAGAAAGGAUUUGAGUGCCCUACCAGAAUUAUCCCAUAAAGAAAUCCAUAAGAUUGUUAUUGCAAUUUCAAAAUCUUCUGAUGCCAUAUACAAGUACCCUGACACCAUCAAGUCUAUUAUUCUCCUUGAUUACGAAAGAGCCAUAAGACUUGCACAAUUGUUUUCCAGUAUUUGUUGUGCUACAGCCUUUAUUCUCUGUUUGAUGAGAGAUAUAACAAGAUCAAAGCCAGACACAUCUGUUGCAUGA